AAAAACCAUUAAAUUAAUUUUAAUAAAUAUCAAGUAUUACAUUAAUUAAAAUUUAUAACAGUAACAAUAAUAUACAAGAAUAUAUUUAAGUUCAAUAAUAUCAAACUUGUUCAAUGUAGUCGUAUGUUUGCGGGAAAAGUGACAGGUUCCCGCGUAACACGCGACUUAAUUGUUAUUGAAAUUUUAUAAAUAAAAUCUAUAUUAAAAAUACGUUAUAAAAAUUGUUGAUUAAAGUUUUUAUAUAAAUAAUAAUAAUGAGCAAUAUUGUUAAUUCAUUGGAACGUCGAUUCGCUGGAUUUGCAACACAAUUAGACUAUGACAUUGCGAUAAGACGUUUGAAAUGUUAUUAUUGUGACGUUUAUCGUGGCGUAUCUGUAAAUCCAGAUAAUCCUCAUGAUUUUACACGAGACCCAUUGAUAUUUGCGUGUAAAUUUUCUACAAGUGCUGGAUGGGAAGAUACACUGGCCCUGGCAUCUGAAGAUGGUAGAAUUGCAUUGCAAGAUACUACUGUUAAAUCAGAAGAACCUCAUCUAUCAAUGGAAGGAACUACUGCACAUUAUAACGCAAUAUUUGACAUAAAUUGGAUGCCCGGUGAAAUGAAACUGAUAACAGCAUCCGGCGAUCAUUCAAUAAAAUUAUGGGACGUAGAUGAAGAAAAAAUAACACUAUUAAAUACAUUUAAUUGUCACGAUCGUUGUGUCAAAACAGCGAUAUUUCGUCCAGAAGAUAAAUCAGUAUUUGUAUCUGGUGCUCGCGACGGUAACAUAUUUUUUUGGGACAUACGCGCUAAGCAUCCGCAUGAUAAUCCAAAGCCAGACAGCGGUAUUUAUAAUGCCCACGGUAUCACUAGAGUAGCAACAACAAAUAAUAAUAAUAGCAGAUCUCGACAUCGCAGACGUUCACUUGUAAGCGGGGAUCGUGCUCAGAGUAUUACAGGACUUGCGUUUCAAGAUAACAAUACUUUGAUAUCGUGCGGUGCCGGUGAUGGUAUUAUAAAGAUAUGGGACAUGAGAAAACACUACACGAUACACAAAAAAGAACCAAUACCUAAACAUGUAUUUAAAUAUAAAGGCGGUGGUACAAGAAAUGGCUUCACAUCAUUAGCAGUAUGUCCAUCAAGUCUAAUACUCUACGUAAAUUGUAUGGACAAUAUUAUUUACUCAUACAAUUUAUCAUCUUAUAAUCAAAACCCCAUGGCCGAGUACUAUGGACAUCAAAAUUGUACAUAUUUUGUUAAAAGUUGUUUAAGUCCGGAUGGUAAAUAUUUAUUGAGUGGUUCGACUGACGAACACGCAUAUAUAUGGAAAACAAGUAAACCUGGUGGUCCUAUUUUCAAAUUAUGUGGACAUACUGAUGAAGUUACGUCAGUUGCUUGGAAACCUUACGGUGAACCAGUUAUUGCAACUGCUUGUGAUGAUGGAUUUCAUAGGAUUUGGAGAGUUGGCUUAGAGGAAAAAGGUGACAAUGAUGAAAUUGAAAUACAGGGACGUGCAUCACCCAUUCCCAUAGCAAUGCAUCCGCAACAAUCAAAACUUGAAUCAACACCAACACUUUCAGGACUCAGAAAAUCACGGUUCAUUUGUUCACCUGACUCAGAUAUUGCUUACGCAUCCAACGGCAGUGACGCUGAUCACAGUAAUAUAGAAUCGCCGGAUAUUAUGACACCAGGUAGUUCUGCUAAGAGAAAAUACUCUCAAAUGUCAAUGUCAAAUUAUUAUACAGAAAAUAAUAAAUUCAAAACAAUAUUAUCGCCGAUACGUGAGAAUGAACAGCCAUGUAAACGUGCUAACAUGGAAAUGAGAGGUGCCAGGAGAUUAUUCAGUCCCACGAGUACGAGAGACACCGUGAGUAUUAGUACAAAUAAAUGUCUGGAACCACAACCGGGGCCGUCUACUUCACUUGAUCAAAGGCAAAUAUUGUUCUCACCUACGAUGAAUUUACCGAACUUUGUUAUUGAUGGCACGGCCCCGCAUCUUAUUCACAGAUCGCCGAUCAAAAGCAAAGAGAACGUUGAUUGGCUGACGAAAAUACGUCAGACGAGAUAUGAAAGAUUUUUAUCGCAGAUAGAAAAUAAUUCCAUUAAUAUUAAUUCCUCGAAUGUAAAUACUAGUAAUAUUCAUAACAACAAUAAUAAUAAUAAUAAUAACAAUAGUAGUGGUCAAGAAACGACGCCGGGGAGAAAAAAAACUAGAUCGAGAUCGAGGUCUACGGAAAAUCGAAUCAAAAGUCCCGCGGUUUCUUUACUUAAGUUUUUUAAACGCGACUCUUCCACUGAAAAAGAUACUGAUCGAUAAUCAAAAAUAAUUAAUUAAAUUUAUUAAAAUUGUUAAUUACUGACUUUAAAUGAUAAUUGUGACAUUUUUGUUUUUGUUUAAAUGUCGAUGCUAGGUCUUGUAAGUUUUUUAUGUUUAAUUUGAAGAUAAUUAUUUUUAAAAUUAAUAUGUAAAAUUAUAUUUCUAAAUUAUCAUAAAAUGAGGUGAUUUUUAUUAAAUAUAAUUAUCAUAAUUAAAUAAUUAAACCGUAAAAAAAUACCGACUUUUUUUUUCUAUCUUAAUUUACAAAAAAAAAAAUUGUUUAAAAAAACAUAAGUAUUAAUUUAUGAAUCUGUAUUAAAGACUUGGUCACCUCAUUUUAAAAUUUAAUAAGAAAAUUCAUACGUUGCCAUUUGUAAUCAGAGUUAAGUAGCUUAGAUAAUAAAUAGUAAACAUAAGACCUUUUAUUACUAAGUUUUUCAUACUGAAAAAAUUUAUCGAAACUAAUUUACGGUUCGAAUAAAAAAAGGCAUUAGAUUAGAUAAUUAUUUUAAGUAGAUUUAAUUUAAAAACAGUUGAAAUUUAAAGGUCAAUUUUAAGAAUGUAUUUACUGAUAGCAGUCCUAGUUAUUGGCUCGUAUUUUGUUGUUUUAAUUAUUUAUUAUAUUGCUCAAUUAUUAAGUAGUAUUGCACACCUCGAGCGCGAAAGCGGGGCUGUUCUAUUCUCGCUCGAUUUUUAUUAUAAUUUAUUUGUUACUUGUAUUUGGGCAUUUUUUUUUCAUGUUCAUCGUUCGGAAUAUUGUAGUAUAGACUUUCAAGAUUUAAUUAUUAUUAAUAAACAUCACAAAAUAUUUUUAAAAUAGUUAACUUAUUAUGGACAUUCUCAAACUGCCCCCACAAAUUUUCAAUGACUCAACUGUCAUAAGCGUAUCGAAAUUUUAUUAAUUAAUUAAAAAAAAAUUUAAGUAUUCAUUGAAAAAAAGACAACGUACCGAAAAAAUCGGGAGUGAAUUCGGAGUGAUCACGAAUUUUAUUUCAAUCCGGGAUUCGCUCCGUCACUCCGAAUUUCGGAGUAAAAAAAAACACUUUGCAUAAGGAGUGAAUCGGGAGUUCGUCAUUUCAGUGGAGUGAUUUCGGAGGAAUUUGGAUUUUAUUUCAAUCCGCAUUCACUCCGAUUCGGAGUUUUAAUAUUCAAAUAAAUUCCCCUUCGGAAUAAAUUUAACUCCGAGGCGAUUAAAUAAAUAAAUAUUAAUCCACUCCGAAUUCAACCCGCGUUCACUCCGAAAAUUUUUUUGUGUAUUUGCAAUUUCGCUGAGAUAUAGAUUUUAAAAAAAGUUACUUACAGUUGAUAUCAGUUAAGAAUUAAACGAAAUUUGUUGAAAAAAAUUAUGAGUGUGAAUGUAGCAGAUAUCAGACAAAUUUAAAAUUAUUAAUAAAUAGAGUAAAUAAUUGAUAAAAUAAAAUUUAAAAAAAAUUCGAAUUUAAAAAAUUUUGAAAUUAGUAAGUGCAUUUUUUAUAAAUAUCUUUUUAAAAAUUAUUUACUCUAUUUUUUUAUAAUUUAAAAUCUGUCUGAUGGCUGCUGCAUUCACACUCGUAAAAAAUUUCAGUAAAAUCUUCAUGUCAAUUUUAUAAUUGAAAUUUUUUAAUUUUGUAGGCCAAAAUUUAUAUCUCGGCGAAAUUGUCCUUUGUUCAAUUAAGGUUUAAUUUUUUUUAAUUAAUUAAUAAAAUUUUAAUACGGCUAUGACAGUUGGAAGUCAUUGCAUAUUUUUAAAAAGUAGGGGUCACUGUCUAAGAAUGCCCUUAAAAGUAAAAUUAUUUUUAAAAAUCUGAAAGUCAAAAACUACAACACAGUUAGAGUCAAUAACUAGAUUGUUUACUCAUAAUAUUAUUAUUAAGAUAUCCGACAGUACAAUUUAUUCUACAUGAUAUUUAAAGUACCUUUUAACUAUGAACAAAAUGAUCCACCGUUUUAACAAUAAUUUAACAAUUAUAGUGACUUAUUAAAUUAUCAUAAUAUAUGAUAAUACACUCACUAUCAUAUCUAUUAACAAUACAUAAAGUAUUAAAUUGAAAAUCUAAUC